GCAGUGUGCCGCUCGCAGCUGGAUCGAGGCCACCUUUCAAAAGCGGGACUGUGUCAAAUUCAUCCCCAGCCCUACUGAUGAGCACAGAUGUUGCUGCGGGCAAUCGUUGGCUUAUCACAGCUCUUCGGUUGCGCAAGCGGAGAAAGCGGGGGACGAAAUAUGGAGCCCCUCCAAGCACACGAUGGCGUCCCCGACCGACGCCUAUGGGACCAUUGAAUUCCAAGGCGGCCCACACCCAAGCAAAGCGCAGUAUGUUCGUUUGGCGUACGACACUCGGCCUGAGCUCAUUCUUCAGCUUUUCACUCGAGAAUGGUCUCUGGAACUACCGAAGCUCUUGAUCACGGUUCAAGGAGGCAAAGCUAAUUUCGAGCUUCAGCCCAAACUCAAGAAGAUUCUGAGGAAGGGACUCUUGAAAGCAGCCAAAACAACAGGAGCCUGGAUUUUCACAGGAGGAACAAAUACGGGUGUUACGAGACAAGUUGGCGAUGCCUUACUCAUGGAAAGAUCGCAGCGAAGUGGGCGUAUCGUGAGCAUCGGAAUUGCACCUUGGGGAAUCGUCGAGAAUAAUCAUGAGCUCAUCGGACACAACCGGGACGUUCCUUAUCAUUCCAUUUCCUCUCCCAGGUCCAAGUACGCUGUUCUCAAUAAUCGACAUGCUUAUUUUCUUCUUGUUGAUAAUGGGACCGGCGGACGUUACGGAGCUGAAAUUAUCUUACGUCGGAAAUUGGAAAAAUACAUAUCAAUUCAAAAAUUACAUCCAUGCACACACUGUAGCACACCAGUCGUUUGUUUAGUGAUAGAAGGAGGUACAAACACAAUCCGAGCUGUUCUGGAAUAUGUGACUGACUCUCCCCCUGUCCCUGUAGUUGUUUGCGAUGGAUCUGGUCGAGCGGCUGACCUCCUAGCCUUCGUGCACAAGUAUGCCUCUGAAACUGGAGAACAAACUGUGCUGGAAAGCAUGAAAGAGUACCUGAUUAACACUAUUGAACGAACUUUUGAAGUAGGAUCUGACCAAGCAGAAUGUUUGUACAAUGAACUUUUAGAAUGCACCCGGAAAAAAAAUUUGAUAACUGUAUUUAGGAUAAGUGAGCGUUCAACAGAAGCUGGAACACAGGAGCUAGAUCAAACAAUUUUAACUGCUCUGUUCAAGAGUCAGCACCUUUCUCCUUCCGAGCAACUUUCCUUAGCCUUAACGUGGAAUCGAGUGGAUAUUGCGCGCUCAGAAAUUUUUGUCUAUGGACAAGAAUGGCCAACAGGUGCCCUCGAUGAGGCCAUGAUGCAAGCAUUGGAACACGAUAGGAUUGAUUUUGUGAAACUUUUAUUAGAAAAUGGUGUCAGUAUGAAAAAAUUCCUGACAAUUCCAAGGCUAGAAGAACUGUACAAUACAAAACAAGGUCCUACCAAUACUUUAGGUUAUAUUCUUAGAGAUGUCCGACCAAAUAUACCUCGGGGCUACAUUUAUACUUUACACGAUAUCGGUCUUGUGAUAAAUAAAUUAAUGGGUGGUGCAUACAGAGCAUCAUAUACCCGCCGAAAAUUUCGUGUAAUUUACACUAAAGUUAUGAAAAAAUCGCCUCAUUUUCAUCGCAAUAGCUCUUCCUUUAUCCGGUAUUAUGGUAACACUAAUUUAACACUCAGUCUUCUAGCGGAAACACUGCCUACAACGAAAGAGAUGCCUCGGUUUGAUUACCCUUUUAAUGAGCUUUUAAUUUGGGCUGUCCUAACAAAACGGCAAGAAAUGGCCCUACUUAUGUGGCAGCACGGUGAAGAAGCGCUUGCCAAAGCGCUUGUCGCAUGUAAAUUGUACAAAGCAAUGGCGCAUGAAGCUGCUGAAGAUGAUCUAGAAACUGAAAUUUAUGAUGAACUCAGGAACUAUGGGAAAAUUUUUGAAGACAUCGCCCUAGAGCUUUUAGACUUUAGUUACCGGCAAGAUGAUGAUCAAACACAACAAUUGCUGACGUGUGAAUUACAGAACUGGAGUGGACAAACAUGCCUAUCCCUGGCUGUAGCAGCUAACCAUCGGCCGUUGCUGGCGCAUCCAUGUAGUCAAAUUAUCCUUGCCGAUCUAUGGAUGGGAGGAUUGAGAACUAGGAAGAAUACAAAUUUGAAAAUCAUUUUGGGUCUCUUCUUUCCAAUUUAUAUCACUCGGCUGGAAUUCAAAUCAAAAGAGGAGCUCCAGUUGAUGCCGCAAACUGAAGAAGAACAUUUGUAUGGACUGGAGGAAGAGAAUGAAAAAUUCGACACAGGAGAACAUAAUGGUCAACAUCGAAAUACGGAAGCUGACAUAGAGAAAACGAACAGAUUAAGUGUUCGGAGCAAAUCAUCCAGUCAGACUUUUAACGUCAAGGCCCUGAUUUCACAAGAAACCUGUAUGCGUGACACGGUUGUUACGGAAAAUGGGAAAGUGUUGACCGAAAACAUGGGGAGUUCCGGCUCAGAAAGUGGAAGCCAGUUUAUACCAAUGCCAACUGAGUACACUUUUGAUAUCAAACAGAAUAGACCGCUAAAGCUCAAAAGGAAAUUAUAUGAAUUCUACACGGCUCCAAUUACCAAAUUUUGGGCUAACGCUAUAUCUUACGUCAUUUAUCUAGUGAUUUAUAGUUAUGUUAUUUUGGUGCGCAUGGACCAAAAUCCGUCCUGGCAAGAACUUUAUAUUAUUAGUUACAUUUCUACUCUUGGCUGUGAGAAAGUACGAGAAAUUGUAUCAUCUGAACCUGUUGCUAUUAGUCAUAAGUUUGCUGUAUGGACGUGGAAUAUGUGGAAUCCUUGUGAUGCUGCUGCAAUAAUAUUUUUCUUGUUUGGGCUCAGUCUGAGGCUAAAACCAUCUUCCAGACCUGCAGGAAGGGUAAUUUUUUGUGUCGAUAUCAUCUAUUGGUAUCUUCGUAUUUUGAAUAUCCUAGGUGUUAACAAAUAUUUAGGUCCUUUGGUCACAAUGAUGGGAAAAAUGGUCAAGAAUAUGAUUUAUUUUGUCGUCCUGUUAUUAGUGGUACUAAUGAGUUUUGGAGUGUGCCGCCAAGCAAUCCUCUUUCCGGAAAAAGAUCCUUCUUGGUCCCUAGUUCGUGAUAUUUUCUUCCAACCCUAUUUCAUGUUGUACGGAGAAGUGUUCGCAGACCAGAUCGAUCCACCGUGUGGUGAAGCCUCAGGGGAGCCAGAAUGCCAGACCGGAAGGUGGAUCACACCGCUUGUCAUGUCGAUGUAUUUACUCGUUGCGAAUAUUCUGCUGAUCAACCUCUUGAUUGCUGUAUUUAAUAAUAUUUUUAUCGAAGUCAAUGCAGUUUCUCACCAGGUGUGGAUGUUUCAAAGGUUCACCGUGGUCAUGGAAUACGAGCAGAAACCUGCGCUACCUCCGCCUUUCAUUUUUUUCAGUCACAUAGUUUUACUUUUCAAAUACCUCCGAAGGAAGUGCAAAGGGGUGCAGGAAACCUAUGACAAUGGCCUUAAACUCUUUUUAGACAAUGAAGAUUUGGAGAGGCUGUAUGACUUUGAAGAAGAAUGUGUGGAAGGCUACUUCCGAGAACAGGAAAUGAAACUUCAAGCCUCUACAGACGAACGGAUCAAACAGACCAAUGAGCGGGUAGAUAACAUCAAUCAAAAAGUAGAGGAUAUAAAUCAGAAAGAAAACAACCAAAAUUCUUCUCUACAGUCUGUAGAGUUCCGACUGCGGAAACUGGAAGAAUCUCAGGAACAAACCCUUUCAACACUAAGUGUCAUCCACCGAUUCAUGGCCUUACACAGCAGCAAUAAUAGCAGUGGAGGCGGAGUUCUCGAAGUACCUGAUAUCCCCGAACUGAAAAUCGGCCCAAUUGAAAGGCUGCGGCGGUCGAGCGAACGCUCCGAUAUCCUGUCAGAAACUUCUGACAUUCCUAGUCACUUUACAAGCGGGCUCUACCAUCGUAAAAGGCCGCCAGUGAGGUCAAUGACGGAGGUGCGUCCUUCAGGGCUUCCAUUAUUCCACGAACACAGUCCGCAUACGUUGCCAGUCGAAAGUGUCUUCUACGAGAGACAAGAAAGGCAGGGUAGAGAACAUCACACGUCCGGAACAGACAUGACUGAACUCCCACAGGUGUUUGCGGAAGAGGACGAAGAUGAACUAGAAUCAGACACAGCUGAAACAAGUGAUAAGACUGUACCUGAGCCUCCUGCAUCAGACAUUCCUACAGUCAGAAGAGGGAGCAAACAAAGAGGAAUGUCUUUCUCAGAGGACGUGAGGAUUCGCAGAUCAAGCUGCAGCUCGGGAGAUGUGCUAGUUCUUGAUCCUGAUUUGCUGGGGGGUAUUGUUCGUCAGUUGAGUCAGACACACUCAGAACCGGGGGAUAAUUGUACGGAGAGCACAAAACCGAACAUUGUUGAACGAAGUGUCACCUGGGCAGAGCCAAGAAUCACUGUCAUUCCUCCUUCUACAUCUGGAAGCAGAUCUGUUCUAAUGGCUAUGCAUUCUGAGUAUACAAGCAUUACGGAUGAGCUUGAAACUGUUUGUGGUCUAUUAUCACCUCCACGAUCUCCACGACGGCUCUCUCCGCCAAGGCAGAGGCACCAAUCAGAAAUGUCAAACCCAGAGAUGGCCCUUUAUUUGGAAAAGGAACAUUUACGUGGUGCUGAAGAGAGUGACUAUCAGCUUCUUGAGGGGCUCAUACAUCAACGGCUGACGAGAGAACCUACGGAUAGUGAUAAAUUUGACAACAAUGCAUUCUUCCUAACUGUGGACCAAGCCUCCAGCCCUGAGUUUAAGACCCAUGAAAAGUCUUUUGCGGAACCAUCAAAAUAUCAUAAAAGAAUUAGUCGCCGACAGUCCACUGGAGUAUUCUUAAAGGGUACGAGUCGGUUGCGAAGAAGUAGCGCCAUCGAAAUCGGUGAUGUCUCUGCUCCUGUGACACCUGCGCAAAGCCCGGAGCCUAAAUCUUUGUCUGGAAUGCCUGAUGCUCCCUCCCCAUUACAAGAAACACCUCCCAUAGACACAUCUGAACCGCAGUUACCAUUGCAGGCCCCUCCUCAGACUUCCUCUCAACCGCAGUCUCCUCAGCAGCAGCGUCCUGCUCAGCAGCCUGUCAAACGAUUGUCAAGGGCGGACAGCGUAUCAGCUCCAAAUUCAGAAACUAUGUGCUAGAAUAAGUUAUAAGAAAAAUGUGCGCGUUCGUUCAAAAAUCUAUUCAAAUAUUAAUUUCUGCGCACAAUCCUUGAGUACCUACUUCCAUUGUUUCUCACAAUUUGUUAAAAAGAAUAUUGAACUUUUUGGAGGUACGAGUGAAUUCUUCAAGAAGAUGUCAUUCUAUGUGAGCAGUAAAUUUUGGUCUUUGGCUUGUAUCAGGUAUUUUAAAAUAUUUUACCUUUUUUUAAAUGAAAAAUUUAUACUUUUUGAUGAAGAAUAUUUAUCUUUUAAGUACAAUUCAACUUCCAUUGUUUGUACAUAGAUCGUAGGUACCCCAGUCUUUCAUGUGUUUAAUUAAAUGAUUAAUAUUUAAGUAAUUUUCUCUUUUUUGUAAUUUUGUUUUUUAAAUCGUAAUUUAUGUUUACAUAUUGUAUAAAUUUCAAUGUGAUUCCUGUGUUUAAAAAGUGUAAAAAAGUUUUAGCUUCAUUUUUGAUACUUCUCUCUUCCAAUCAACAUAAACUAGACCGAUUUCCUGAUCCCUGAUCCCCCUCCACACACCUCAAUGUAAUAAAAAGGAAAAUUUCCACGUUGAAAGUUGAUCAUUUAUCCAUUCAUCAACUUAUCAUUGGCUUAUUUUUCUAUUCUCUUAUUGUAAAUUCAUCGUAAUGAGUGUUAGUUGUAGGUACAUUUUUUUUAUCCAUUUUCAAACGAAGGAAAAAAACUGCCAUAUUGCUUGAGGACCCAGCAGACUUUUUGAGCAUUGUCUCGUAUCAUAAAUUCUAAAACUGCCGGAAACACCAUUUCUCUAAUUUUUCUCUGUGUGAGGGCAAUGUUAUGAUUUUCCCCUUAGAAAUGUUUUUAUUUCGUUCCAUCCACAGUUUUUCAUUAUUUUCUUCACGAUAAACUUUAACAUUGCUCAGAAUUCUCAAAAGUUAAUGAUUACACUUACGGUGGAACCUUUGCUAUCAGCGGCUGGAUUAUCUGCCGUUCGGAUUGUCCAAGGUUGUCUGUUGUAAUGAUAUUUUGUUUCUCUGGAUAAAAAAAGGGAUAAAGAGGUGGUCGGACAAAUAAUGACUUUCAAAGUUUCUUUAUGAAAUGAUCAUACUCACCUAAAAAGGUAAAAAUCAUUGUCUUGCUCAAGUUUGUUGUGCAUACUUAUUACUGUACUAUUUGCGAAAAACAACCCACACAGCCCUUUUUCUGUCCACCAUUCGUAUAUUCACAUUAAUCGUUGUACACUGGUCUCAAUUACGGUGAAUAACCAGGACUAUAUUGUCCAAUAUUUUCCUAACUAUAAUGCCCUGUAUUAAUUUUGCAUGAAAUUGUGAUGAGAAUCUGUAAACUUCAUUUAUAAGGAACAUAUGUCCACCAAACUUCAACCGAAAACUUCAGAUGAGCUCUGUAUGGUUGAGAGUAGCUAAAUAUCUCAUUAGUAUCAUGAGACUUGAUUUAGCUGAGAUAAAGUUUGCCGGAUGAGAGUAACCAAUGCGAGUUCGCUGAAUUAGAUCUACCAAAGUUUGGUGGGAGUGCGUUUAUAGCACAUAUUUUCAAUGGUGGAGAUCAAUAUGAAAUCAAUCUCACCGUCAACCAUUAUUUCCCCAACGUAAUUUUCAUGGUUCCUCUAAUUUUAGAAUCUUCUGAAUCACCGAAAAAUCUCCAUCUGAUCAUUGGAAAUGAUUAUUUUUGCAAGCAACCCACAAGCAUCAAGCAUUGGUUAUUUUUGCAGUGAUGCUCUUAGAUAAAUCUCUCGAUGGUGGAAAUUUGUAUUUACAUCAAUAGGACAAAUUAAACAGAAUCAGUUCAACUCCAUCAGACAUUGCCUGUUCGUCUUUGAAGUUUUAUUUUUUUAACAGAAGUUAAGCAACUCUGAAACAUGAAUUUUUGUUAGUAUAUCCUCCAUAAUUUAGGGUAGAUUCACAAAAAGCGUGAAAGCCAGUUGCCCGGUAGCCUUUGGUAAGAUAGGCUUAUGUUUCAUUUGGGUGUUGCAGAGCAUCAGAGUGCUCUGUAGUAACCUGUAUGUAUGUGUAAAUAGUUUAAUUAUCCCUAAAAAAAUAGAAUGUGACAGCAAAUAGAUAAUGUGAAGUACAAUUGGGCUGAUUCUGUUUUAAAACGUCCAAUUAGUAUACUAAUCUCUUUUUCUUACAGUUUUCUGCUCCCUUCUAAAUUCGUAGGUAUUUUUACUGAGCACAAUUUUAUAAUAUUUUUCAAUUUAAUUGUAAGUUCUCUCAAGGUAUAGUACUUGAUUGAAAAGUAAAGAUUAAUUUAGGAUACCCAUUCAGUGUGUAUUUUAGAGGAUAUUUUCAUCACUUCUAAUGUGGCUGAAUUCUACCAAAUAAUUUGUUUUUUUAUUUUUUUAAAGGUUAAAUAAAUUGUUUGCGUGUACAUGUGAAUGUAUCUUCGCUUCAUAAGUGUGUAAUGUAGGUAUAACAUUGUUACAGGCUCUUGCCAAAAUCCAUCCUAGUUUAUAGAUCUCGACAGUGGCUGUUUUAGUGUCCUGAUAGUACGAAGGAGGAAGCCCUUCAGUGAGUCUUUAUGCAGCUCUACUGAAUCCCUAUCAAAGGGGCAAGCAAAUAUUAUUUUUCUCCUUGAGUUACUACCCAUAUCUUUCAACUAAUUAUCCCUGUACAUCCUCAGCUUGAUGAAUAGUGCAAAAGUGAGGUCUCGGUAAAUCUUUGUUUUUAUGCGGUUUUUAAGUCCUAUCCCUUCCCGGUGCUAUUUAUACAAUUUAUAUUUCAAUUUGACCUGGGCCCAAAUUUUGUCACCAGGUUUGCAACUAAUUGCAAGUCAAGGCAAGAAUGUUGAGUUAGACAAUCGAUCGCUGAUUAAUGGUUUGCUUGGAUGAGAGACUGAAGAUAGCUGGAGCCUGUUUUAUACAAAUCUCAACUUGCGUACAGCUUGAGUUUAAAAUAAGUACAGCUUAAAGUUGAAUUUAGGAAGCAAGUCUUGCAACUUGUGGUAGACCGUAGCCAACAAAGUUCAGGCCCAGAAUUGCAUCCAAAAUCAAUACUCUGAAAAUCUUUCAUCUGUAUUUUUGGUCAGUGUUGCUUUCAUGGCCAUUAAGUACACUGAAUUUUUAUUUUCGAUCGGAAAACUUCAAAAUUUUUCUGAAGAAGGAAAAUUUCUAUGAAUUUUUCAACAUAUUUGUUGUUUGGAAAAGUAUCAAAAAAGCUAAAUACAUGAAAUGUGCAUGUCGAUUGCAAUAUUUAAACAUCCCUAAUUAUGAUCAUUCAUUGAGGAAUAUUUUCUUCAAGGAAAACUAAUAAAAAUGUCACCUUGCAAUUUCGUAUGGGCUUUUUUACUUUUACAAUGAGUGUGAACAUUUUAGAGUACCUAAUUGAGUGAAAAUCAGGUGAAAGUAUAUUGGUUUAACAAGAAAUGAGGAAACUUCAACUCUCAGGGGGACCUCAGGAGGAUAGGGGUCUGUGGCGGUUAGGUGUUGCAGAGCGCAAGAAAGAAUUAUAAAAAUGACCCUUAUGUUAGUAUAUGAAGAAAAUUCACUGAGAAUAUGAUUAGAGAUUGUUGGUCAGUUUUCCUCUAAGAAAUUAAAAUAUGCUAACAGUGCUGGAGUCUGAGAUACCUAUGCAUUUUUCAACUUUAACCAUCCAUAAGCUAGCAUGAAUUUAUAAUAUUUACUGAUCAAAAUUCGUUUCCAUCUUCUUUUUUUCUUCUUUUUUUUUUAAACUUUAUCGUUGAGUAAUGUAAAGUGAAUUAUUAUUCUCACACUGUUUUCACCAUGUAUUUUUCUCCUUUUUUUUGCCUAUAGUUAAGGGUUAUUGGUCCAAGAUCAACAUUUUAUUAAAAAUAUUGUCAAGGAAAACGAAUUUAUUUCUACAUCAGAAGUUAUAACAAGAGAACAGAAACCAAACUUGUCCUUAAAAAAAGUUUCAGCAAAUUGACAAACCUAUGACAACCUAUUCAUAUGUUUCCUCAAAACUUUUUACUGUUAAUAUUAGUACCUGGGAGCGAUAUCACCAAAUUCGGUAUGUCUUGUAAAAAAAUUUAACAUCAAUGCAUCGUUGCUAUUGUGCCAUCAACAAUGUUUUCCAUGAUCAAUAUUGGUUACGCAUUUAAGCCACAAGUGUCCUAUCACAGUGAAACAAAGGACUUCUCAAUUGAAUCAGUGAGAACGAAAACACACCAACUCGGUUACUCGAAAA